AUGUCUGCACAACCAUGGAACAACCGGUUCAGCGAGCAAACAACUGACCAGAUCAGUAGGUCGGCGUGUGAAGUGUUUGAAGACAGGAGAUGGGCUAAAUCAACGGACCUGUUAGAGAGGAGCCCACCAACUAUGAUCUCGUUGGCUGGAGGAAUGCCAAACGCCAACCUGUUCCCCUUUGAAACUGCCAGCUUCAUCAUCAAGGACGGUCAGAAAAUAAACUUCAGCCAGGAAACAAUGAAGCGGGCGCUGCAGUACUCCAGCUCAGCAGGAAUUCCAGAAUUAAUCUCUUGGAUGAAGGAUCUGCAAAAGUGUGUUCAUAAUCCUCCAACCAUCGACUACAGUCCUGAGCGAGGACAGAUGGAGCUAUGUGUCACAAAUGGCAGUCAGGAGGGAUUAAGUAAGGUAUUUGAGAUGCUCCUAGCUCCUGGUGACUUCAUUCUUCUCGACACACCGACAUAUUCCGGGACAUUAGCAACACUGAGACCUCUGGGCUGCAAGAUCCUCAGUAUCGCGAGUGACCAACACGGACUUAUUCCUGAAUCCCUGUCAGACAUCCUUUCAAAGUGGGCACCAGAGGAGGCGAAGAAUCCGGAGUCCGAUAUUCCAAGGAUUUUGUAUACAAUUCCAAAUGGCGGAAACCCAACUGGAGCCUCCAUGACAGCUGACCGGAAGCGGGAGGUGUACCAGAUUGCCAGAAAUUACGAUUUGCUGAUAAUUGAAGAUGAUCCCUAUUAUUUUCUGCAGUUUGAGAAGCCUUGGGCUCCAUCAUUCCUUUCGCUAGACAUGGACGGGCGUGUUGUAAGGACAGAUUCCUUCUCCAAGAUCUUGUCUUCAGGGCUGAGAGUGGGAUUCCUAACUGGUCCCAAACCACUCAUAGACCGGGUGGUUUUACAUAUUCAAGUUUCCACGAUGCAUACAAGCACCUUCACACAGCUCAUGGUUGCACAGCUACUGAAACAGUGGGGACAAGAUGGCUUCUUGAAGCAUAUCGACAGGGUGGCACAGUUUUACACCAAGCAGCGAGAUGCCAUGCACAAGUCUGCAGAAAGAUGGCUGAAAGAUGUAGCUGAUUGGCAGGUCCCCAGUGCAGGCAUGUUCUUCUGGAUGAAACUGAAGGAAAUCCCAGACACACAUCAACUCAUCUCGGAAAAAGCCAAGAAAAAAGAGGUACUGCUCGUCCCUGGUCAAGUGUUUAUGACUGACAGUUCAGUACCGUGUUCGUAUCUCCGAGCUGCUUUCUCCAAUUCCAGCCCUGAAGAAAUAGAUCAGGGUUUUCAGAGGUUGGCUGCACUCAUCAAAGAAUCUGUGUAGAGCGACUUACUGAAAAGGAUCCACAGAGAAUGAUCCAUCUUGUCGCGAAUCAAGUCAAAAAUUAACAUCCUCGUACGACCAUUUCAUUUGCUGUUAGUUUAGUUGAAUGUUCUUGCACAACUGUUUCAAGUCAAACCACUAGUAAAGACAACAAAGAGGGUAAA